AUGACAUUUCUUUUGAAAGAUUCCCCCGAAUGCGUGAAAUCUGAAUUGGAACUUUUUAAUUUACCCGGAACUCAAACAGUUAUUCAAGAUGGGCAGUGGAUACAAUUUCAUCCACUUUCUAACGUUUUCGAUAACGCACCUGUAGAGUUUAACAUUUCUGGAAGUGGGGAAGACUAUAUAGAUCUCAGUCAAACACAACUAUAUGUGAAAGCGAAAAUAGUAAAAGCGAACAAUUCAGCUAUCACUAAAGAUGAUACUAUAGGUCCUGUGAAUUUAUUUCUACAUUCUUUAUUUUCUCAAGUAGAUGUAUCCUUAAAUGAUCGCGUAGUUUCUAAUUCAAAUAAUACCUACCCUUAUCGAGCGUAUAUUGAGACUCUCUUAAACCAUGGAUAUGAUAGCAAAACUUCUCAAUUAACAGCGGAAUUAUUUUACAAAGAUAAUGAAGAUGGACUCAAGAAAAGAACUGAAUUUUUUAAAGAUAGUGCUGCCGUAGAAAUGAUUGGCUGUAUACAUUCAGAUUUAUUCUAUCAAGAUCGUCUUUUACUAAAUUUAGUAGAUUUGAAAAUAAAAUUAAUACGAAGCAAGCCUGAAUUUUGUUUACAUGGAUCUGAAGGUUUUAAAGUUGUGUUGGAUCAUGUUUCCUUAUUCAUACGAAAAGUUCGUGUUAACCCCGGAGUUAUUCUUGGUCAUGCUAAAGCACUGGAGAAAACAAGUGCAAAAUAUCCUAUUAAUAGAGUUCUUUGCAAAGUGUAUUCGAUUCCCAAAGGAAGCAUGUCUUUCAUUCAAGAUAACAUAUUUUCAGGACAAAUGCCAAAAAAAAUUAUUGUAGGAUGUGUAGAAAAUGACGCUUUUCAUGGAACAUUUGCAAAAUCUCCCUACGAAUUUAAACAUUUUAAUUUAAAUUUUAUCGGAGUGUAUGUAGACGGACAACCCGUACCACACAAUCCUUUGGAACUUGAUUUUUCUCAAAAUCAAUAUAUACGUGCCUAUCAAACUCUUUUUGUUGGAACAGAUCGAAUGGGUCAAGACAGAGGAAUAUUUAUUUCCAGAGAAGAAUAUAAGAACUCUAAUACAUUAUUCGGAUUUAAUCUUUCACCGGAUUUAUGUUCAGGAGAACAUUUAAAUUUAAUAAAGCACAAAAACUUUGAAGAUAAUGACUAA